CGUGAUUUUCCGGGAACAGCUCGCCGCGGGGCUGCGACUGCCCUUCCACCCUCUUCUUGUCGAGGUCCUAAACCACUUCGGUGUGACGGUUGGCCAGAUUCACCUGAACUCUAUUAGGAACUUAGUGGGAACGAUCUCUUUAUUUUGCGAUGAGAACUUCCCUCUGGAUCUGGAGAUUUUUUCUUCUGAAAAAGCAAGUAUCCCCUUCGUGGGUGAAGUCUCUGCAAUUUCUCCCUAUUUAAUGUAUUCCUGAGAGACCAGACAGAGUAUCGAUCUUUUUAAGGGCUUCCACCAACUAAUCGAUUAUGUUUGAGCAUCAGCAUUUCGUCGACUUGCAGGAAAGAUUUGGAGACUCAAAAUCAUGGCUGUCGGGAGAAGAUCACUCAUCUCCUCUUCUAUCUCAACGAGUUAACUCCUCCCUCGCUAACGGAAACGGAAGCAAUAGCAAUGUGGACAGGGUACUCUAUAAGAACCUCGUCGAGAUGGUCCCGCUUGUGGAAUCUCUCAUGGAUCGGAGGGCGAACGCUUCGUUCACACGUCGUGCGUCGAUAGUCUACACUAAGACGCCUUCAAAAGAACCUUACCCUAAAAGGAUUGGUGAUCCAAAAGGUAGGAAAGCAGCUCAAUCUAUUCCAACCAAAAAAACAAGGGAAAUUAGUGAUAAAGUUCGAAGCAAAACUGCUAGCCAAGAUGUCUGUUCUGAUGAACUCUCAAUUUUCUCAUCGAGGGCAAUGGUAGCAGAAAAGGAAAGGGAAGAGCUGAAUAUCUUGCGGAAACAAGUGCAAGAUCUAGAGAAGAAAUUAUCAGAAAAAGAUGAGCUCCUGAAAUUGGCAGAGAAUUCAAAGAAUCAAAUAGCUGAAGUCCAAGCAAAACUUGAAGAAUUGAGAUGCCAGACCUCAGAGAAAGACUCCUUAAUCAGAACUACUCAUUCUCAGCUCUAUGAUGUAAAGAUUAUGCUUGCAGAUAAGCAAGCAGCACUUGAGAAGUUACAAUGGGAGGCAAUGACAUCUAAUAGCAAAGUUGAUAAGCUCCAGAAUGAGCUAGACUCCAUGCAAGGAGGGAUUUCAUCACUUGUGUUGUCACUUGAAGGCUUGACAAAGAAUUUCACUGCAUAUGCUGAGGAUUAUGAUGUCACUCCAUAUCAUUUGGAUCCACUUCCACAUAUAGAUAAUAUGGAUGACAUGGAGAUGGAGAAAAUGGAGGAAGCGAGGGAGGCAUACAUUGCAGCUAUUUCUGCUGCAAAAGAAAAACAAGACGAGGAAUCUAUUGCUAUUGCAGCAAAAGCAAGGUUAUGUCUUCAAUCUUUUAUAUUCAAAACCAAUGAUCAGAAUGUUGAUGCAAGUAAGAGCUUUGAUCUGUGCAGAGCUCCUGAAGUGCAUGUCCUGUAGACCAUUUAGAUAUGAUACCAUGGAGAUGGAUAUCGUGUGACAGACUGACAAUUACUGUCACGUUGUUCAAAAUUGUUUAUCCAACAAUGAACUUUCUUGUCUCGUUAAUGUCUUUUAUUGCCAGAAUUCAAAGAGAACAAUUAGUAUAUUUGGUCCUCUAGCCAUGAACCA